AUGGGGGCUUUGUCAGUACCCUCAAUCCCAAUGACACCAAGAUUGUUUGAUAAGCAUGAUGGGUGCUUGUUGAAGAAGAACAAUUGCUUGGUGUAUUGCCAAAGUGGUGGGAAUGUGAUGAAGACUAGUGGAUUGUCUUCUGUUUUGACAGAAAGAUCAAUGCUAAUAAACGCCAGCACCGAUCAAGGUCUGGCUUUAAUGGAGGCAGGAAGUUUGGUUUUGAAUCCAAAUGGAAAUUCUCAGGCUGAGAUGAAGGAGCUGUUGCCUUAUGGUGGACCACCUCCUUCCCGAAUCGAUAUGCAUGAUGAUGGUAUUGGCAUUGUUAAAUUUCUUAGAGGAAAGGGGUUUCUCAUUACUGGUGCAACAGGGUUCUUGGCAAAAGUUCUUAUAGAAAAGAUAAUAAGGACAGUGCCUGAUGUGGGUAAGAUAUUUCUAUUGAUCAAGGCAAAGAACAAGGAAGCUGCAAUGGGGAGAUUGAAAAAUGAAAUCAUUAAUGCUGAACUUUUCAAGGGUCUUCAACAAACUUAUGGAAAAUCGUAUCAGGCUUUCAUGUUGAGCAAAUUGGUUCCAGUGAUCGGUAAUGUUUGUGAAUCUAAUCUUGGGUUAGAGGAAGAUUUAGCUGAUGUGAUUGCCAAAGAAAUCGACGUAAUUGUGAACUCUGCAGCUAAUACAACUUUCGAUGAAAGAUAUGAUGUUUCUCUGGACAUAAACACUGGUGGACCUAGUCGUGCUAUGAGCUUUGCAAAGAAAUGCAAGAAACUUAAACUCUUCCUGCAAGUAUCUACUGCUUAUGUUAAUGGACAAAGACAAGGAAGAAUCAUGGAAAAGGCAUUCUGCUUAGGCGAUAGCAUCGCAAGGGAGAAUCUUAAAUUUGCAAAGCCACAAAUAUCCCUCCCUACAUUGAAUGUUGAAGAUGAAAUAAAGAUGGUUUUGGAAUUGAAGGCAGGUUUUGAAGACAUUGUAGUUGCUCAGAAAAUGAAAGAACUUGGUCUAAAAAGGGCAAACAAAUAUGGAUGGCAAGAUACUUAUGUAUUCACAAAGGCAAUGGGAGAAAUGCUGAUUGAUAGCCUGAGAGGAGAAGUACCAGUAGUCAUAAUUCGACCAAGUGUCAUCGAGAGUACAUACAAAGAACCAUUCCCCGGAUGGAUGGAAGGAAAUAGGAUGAUGGAUCCAAUUGUUCUGUACUAUGGAAAAGGGCAGCUCACUGGAUUUUUGGUAGACCCCAAAGGAGUCCUUGAUGUAGUCCCCGCAGACAUGGUUGUCAAUGCAACCUUGGCUGCCAUAGCGAAGCAUGGAGCAGCUGGUAAAUCAGAAACUAACAUCUACCAGAUCACUUCAUCGGUCACAAACCCCUUGGUCUUCGAAGACCUGGCCAGAAUGCUCCACGAACACUUCAAAUCCUUCCCAUGCAUGGACUCAAAAGGGAGCCCAAUCCAUGUUCCCACAAUGAAGCUUUUCAGCUCUAUGGAAGAUUUUUCCUCUAACCUUUGGAGAGAUGCAAUUCAUCGAAGUGGGUUGACAGCUAUGGCCACUCCUAAUGGAAAGUUGUCCCAAAAACUUGAAAACAUCUGCAGAAAAUCAGUGGAGCAAGCAAAGUACUUGGCUAAUAUUUAUGAACCAUACACCUUUUAUGGUGGAAGGUUCGAUAACAGCAACACUCGGAGAUUGAUGGAAUACAUGUCGGAUGAAGAAAGGAGAAUGUUUGGAUUUGAUGUGGGAAAUAUAGAUUGGAAAGAUUAUAUCUCCAAUAUUCACGUCCCCGGGCUAAGGAGGCAUGUGAUGAAGGGAAGAGGGAUGUGCAGCUAAAUUGUCAGCAUCUUUUGCACAUGGAAUUACUUACUGAUUUCUGCAGCUAAUUGUAAGAAAACUGUGUUGUUUGUUUUUUCUCUUUCUGCUAAAUUUCAUAUAAAAAGGGGCAAGAUGUGGUGGUGUAUGUACUCAAAUUCAUAGUAAGCUCGAUGAUAAAUGUUGG